AUGACGGAUCAUACUUAUCAAUCUACUUUCCGCGGGCAAGGAAUUCAAAAUCAGGGUUCAGGAAAUGUGACUGUUGGCAGAGACUUUAGGAUUGAAACUUCAAAAAACAACUGUCUCGCCGAUUUAUUCUUGACUGACCCCCGCCAUGAUAAGAAACGCAUCGAACAGACAAAAGGCGGCCUGCUACGCGACUCAUACUGCUGGGUCCUUAAUCACGAGGAUUUCUUGCGAUGGCGUGACGACGAGGGCGGCCGUUUACUCUGGAUUAAGGGUGACCCGGGGAAGGGCAAGACCAUGCUCCUCUGCGGCAUUAUCGACGAGCUGGAGAAACAGACUGCCAACACCGACCAGAUCAUAUCUUUCUUCUUUUUUCAGGCGACAGACACCCGUCUGAACAGUGCAAUAGCUGCAUUACGCGGUCUUAUCUACCUCCUCGUCGACAAACAGCCAUCCCUUAUUUCACAUAUACAGGAAAGGUACGACCGCGCAGGAAAGGGGCUAUUCGAAGGUGUAAAUGCUUGGUUUUCAUUGCACGGUAUCUUCGAGAGCAUACUGCAGGACCCAAAACUUCCAAAUACCAUAUUGGUGGUCGAUGCCCUUGAUGAAUGCGAGACGGGUCUCCCACUACUCCUCGAACUGAUUGCUAACUGGCCUGUCCAAUCCCGGGUUAAAUGGAUCAUAUCUAGUCGUAACAGGCGAGAUAUCGAAGAGGAGCUAAGCAUUACUACAUCAUAUGUCAGGCUAUUAUGCCUCGAACUUAACGAGUCAUCCGUUUCGACAGCUGUCAGUAGCUACAUCGAAUACAAGGUGGACGAACUAUCCAAGAAGAAAAGGUACUGGGGGGGAUUACGUGAUGAAGUCCUGAGCUACUUACAUUCGAAUGCGAAUGAUACCUUUCUUUGGGUGGCCUUGGUGUGUCAAGCGCUUGCAAGUCCCAAAGUCAGGCUUCGCCAUACGCUUAGCCGACUGCGCGGGUUCCCACCUGGACUCGAUUCUCUCUACAGUCGUAUGAUGGACCAAAUCGCCAUGUCUGAAAUGUCUGAGGACGUAGAAUUAUGUCGGCGCGUUCUAGCUGUCAUGUCGGUCGUAUACCGGCCCCUUGCUUUACAAGAACUAGCAUCUCUUAUCGAGUCAAUCACGGACUCAGCUAACAACCACGAGGCUCUGGAAGAACUCAUCAAGCUUUGUGGCUCAUUUCUUGUUCUUAAAGAGGGGAUUAUUUUCUUUGUACACCAGUCCGCAAAGGACUAUCUUGUCAAGAAUGCGGCCAGCAGGAUAUUCCCUUUAGGUACAGUUGCCGAACAUCAUGCUAUCAGUCUAAGGUCACUCGAGUCCAUAUCAGGAGUCCUUCGACGUAAUAUUUAUGACCUAGAUGAUUGGGGAUUGCCCGUAAACCAAGUGAGACCACCACAUCCUGACCCAUUAGCGGCCGUGCGGUAUUCUUGUAUCUACUGGGCUAUCCACAUGGCAGAGUGCCAGUCCGAUAAUCAGGCACAGCAUGGCAACCUUCAAGAUAAUGGGGCCGUUCACAAAUUUAUACAAGGACAUUACCUUCACUGGCUCGAAGCUCUCAGUAUUCUCAAAAGUGUACCGCAAGGGAUUUCGGGAAUAUCAAGAUUAAAUAGACUACUUCUCGGAAAAGCCACGAAGCUUGAGGAGCUUAUGCAUGACGCAUACCGGUUUAUUCGACAUAGCAAACCCGCAAUCGAGAUUAGUCCGCUCCAGGUAUAUGCGUCAGCACUUCUUUUUAGCCCUUCGCAAAGUGUAAUACGAAAGCUAUUUCGGGACGAGAAAUACCCAUGGAUAACUUUAGAACCAGAUGUCGAGGUUCAAUGGAGCGCGUGCUUAGCAACCUUUGUGGGCCAUAGCACGGCAAUCGUCUCAGUAGCCUUUUCGUCCGACGGCAACAGGCUGGUGUCGGGUUCCUGGGACAAUACGGUAAAGGUAUGGGAUGUAGAGACAGGCGCGUGCAUAAUGACCCUUAGAGGUCAUCAGCGUAAUAUCAAUUCAGUGGCCUUCUCUCCUGAUGGGAGCCGGAUAGCAUCAGGUUCGAGCGAUAAUACCGUAAGGAUAUGGGACUCCACAAUGGGAACAUGUUUGACAAUCCUAAACCAUGAACACUGGGUUGCCUCGGUAGCCUUUUCGCCCGACGGGAUCAGGCUGGCAUCAGGCUCGUGGGAUGGACACGUGAAGAUAUGGGGUUUUGAAACAGGCUCGCCUUUAGCAGCCUUUGAAGGUCACAGCAAUUUGAUCAACCCGGUAUCAUUUUCGCCCGACGGAUGCAGACUGGCAUCAGGCUCGGAGGAUGGAACAGUGAAGAUUUGGGACGUGGCGACACGCGCAUGUUUAAAAACUAUCAACAGCGAGGUUUACGUUUACUCGGUAACAUUUUCACCCGACGGAACCAGGUUAGCAUUUAGUUCGGAAAGUUCUACAGAGAUAUGGGACACCAGUACGGACGCGUAUUUAGAGAUCACUAUAGGCGACAGGGAUAAAAGUUAUUCGGUAGCCUUUUCGCCUGACGGGAGCCAGCUAGCAACGGUUUCGGAUAACACUACCGUAAAGUUAUGGGACGCCACAACGGCUACGUGCUUAGCAACCUUCUAUGGCCACAGCGGUCGGAUCGAUUCAUUGGCAUUCUCUCCUAACGGUCAGCUAGCAUCAGGCUCAUCCGAUAAGACAAUUAAAAUAUGGGACGUAACAAUGAGCGCAGAAUCAACCUUUUGGGGAAAACAUGACAGUUAUAUUCACCAUUUGGUUAUCUCGGACGACGGCGCCUAUUUAGCAUCGGCUUGUCCGCAUACGGCGAAAGUAUGGGAUACAACAACAGGCAGGUGUCUAGCAAGCUUUACAGAGGAAUACCAGACGAUUAAGGACAUAAAAUUCACGCGUGAAGGGGACGGUCUUAAUAUAUCUUUAUAUUAUAACGACUACAAGCAGUUUGUCCCCCUCCCACCGCGCCUUCCUAAAAUAGCACCGCGGCCUCCCAAUGAUUCCAGGCUAGAAGAACCAGAUUAUGAGGCAGAAUGGAUUAAAUGCGAUGGCAAGAAUGUCAUUUGGCUGCCUUCCGAGUAUCGGCCUUACUGUUCAACCAUGAGGGCACAGACAAUUGUAGUCGGUUGCCGUUCCGGUCGGUUUUGGAUGUUAAACUUUUGUUUCCCAUAACGUCACAACGCGGUCCC